GACGGCGCGAGGCACGGACGGGCGGCAGUGACGGACACAUGCAGGUGCUCUGCGACACGGCUCGCGCUCCCCGCUGACUCUCCUCUCUCCGCGCGGAGCGGCUCGCGCUCUCCUGCUCAGCUCCCCGCUCCCGCAGCGGCACCGCAUCCUCCCGCAUCCCGCCCGCAUCCACAAAAUGGCGGACAUCACCGAGCUGCGACCCGCCUAUGCCAUGUCUCCGGUGCUGGCCGGGUUCCUGGGUGCCGGGGUUCUGGUUCUGGUGGUGGUGGUUCUGGUUCUUCUCUGGUCCUUCUGUCAGCGUCGGUACCUUCGCUCCGCCGGACGCUACAAGCUGCACGGCGACCGCUACUGCGACGCCGAGGACCCGCCCUACAAGUUCAUCCACAUGCUGAAGGGCAUCAGCAUCUACCCCGAGUCCCUGAGCAGCAGUAAGAGGAUCGUGCGCGGGGCGCGCCGCGCCGACCGGCCCGACCGCGGCGGGGAGCCGGCCUGCGCCGCCGCCGCCGCGGGGAGGGGCAUGGUGCUGGUGGACGCCGAAAACAACAUCCUGGACGUCCCGGGACAGCUGCAGAUGAGCCACCUGGUGCCGCCCGCGGGGCCGGACCCGGCGCAGGGCCCCGCCCGGCUGGAGCGGGCCCUGCCGGUCCGGGCCGACUACUGCUGCCUGGACAGCAGCUCGGCCAGCAGCAGCCAGAGCGGCAGCAAGACCCCGUCGCCCUUCACCCCCGCCUCCUCCGACCCCGAGCCCGACCCCGAGCCCAGCCUGGGCACCAUCAGCCUCGCCGUGGACUACAACUUCCCCAAGAAGGCCCUGGUGGUGACCAUCGCGGGGGCCCGGGGCCUCCCGGCCAUGGACGAGCAGGCGGGCAGCUCGGACCCCUACGUGAAGAUGACCAUCCUGCCGGAGAAGAAGCACCGCGUCAAGACCCGCGUGCUGAGGAAGACCCUGGAGCCGCUCUUCGACGAGACCUUCACCUUCUACGGCGUGGCCUACAGCUCGCUGCCCGAACUCACGCUGCACUUCCUGGUGCUCAGCUUCGACCGCUUCGCCCGCGAUGAUGUCAUCGGGGAGGCGGUGGUCCCGCUGAAGGGCGUGGACCCGAGCACCGGGCGGGUGCACCUGAGCCAGCAGAUCACCAAGAGGAACAUGCAGUGUGAGAGUCGUGGCGAGCUGCUGGUGUCUCUGUCCUACCAGCCGGUGUCUCACCGCCUCAGCGUGGUCGUCCUGAAGGCCAGACACCUGCCCAAGAUGGACAUCACCGGCCUGUCAGCAAACCCCUAUGUCAAGGUCAACGUCUUCUACGGCCGCAAGCGCAUCGCCAAGAAGAAGACGCAUGUGAAGAAGUGCACGCUCAAUCCCGUCUUCAACGAGUCCUUCAUCUACGACGUGCCGCCCGAGCUGCUGCCCGAGAUCUCCGUGGAGUUCCUGGUGGUCGACUUCGACCGCACCACCAAGAACGAGGUGCUGGGCCGCCUGCCGCUCGGCCUGCACAGCCCCUGCCUCUCCGGCGCCGCCCACUGGCGGGAGGUGUGCGAAAACCCCCGCCGGCAGAUCUCCAAGUGGCACAACCUGAGCGAGUACUGAGGAGCCCCGCCCCCCCACCGCGGGGGAACAGACUCAGUGUACAGCACAUUUACAGUGCACACACACACACACACACACACACACACACACAGACACAGACACAGACACACACACACACACACACACACACACACACACACACUCUUACUGUAUCAAGUUAUACACUCUUUCUCUCUCUCUGUUCACAAAACUAGUAGAAAGGAAACUAAACGGAAAAGAAAACAAGUAAAGCUGUUUUUAAAACCAAAAUGUAACCAGAUCCCAUCUAAAGACUGUUACCUGUCUCCUCGGGCGUGUCGCUGUGUGUCGACGGGGGGAAGGAAUGCUCAAAAAUACACAAAAAAAGGAAGUUGAAAAAAAAAAGAAAACAUGUUCCCCUUCUUCUUGCUGUUGUUGUCAUGCAGUUCAUCGCAUGUCUGUCCCGAGAAAAGAGAAAAAAACUAAAGAGUGAGGGAGACAGAAAGCCGGAGCUCUGAUCCUGAUCCCAUCUAACAUGAACAUAACCAACAUUACAGCUGCAGUCUGCUAGAGCAGCUCGACAACCACGUGUCACCUGCUCAAACACACAGGUGCAUUGUGGGACAGCAACACAUGGACCCACGCUUUCCAAAAAAAACAUCAACACAGAACUGAGAUCCAUUAACCCUUUGAAACCUGGACAGUCACACCAUUC